GCCACUCCUCGGCUAUAAAUUGCUUCUUCUGAUCCUCUUGUUCCCACUUGUGAUCUGCCUUUGAGGAUUUGUUUCGGGGCAGAGCGACACAGACGACAAACAUGAGGACGGUGGCGUGGAAUAUUCUGGUUUUAUGGUUUGCUUUACUUGCUUCAGCUCGAGUACCAAAUAAGUGUUCGGCACCAUCUGAAUACCCGCACACCAGACUGGACAAGAAAUACACCAGCAGACAGAAGUACGGCAUCGGGGAGAAAGCUUAUUAUGCCUGCGCCGAGGACUUCAGUCCAUCUGCAGGGUCCCGAGCGGUACAGUGUACAGUUGGUGGAAAAUGGACCAAACUGACUCUAAAAUGCGAAAAGAAAUCAUGCGGCAAUGCCGGGGAUCUACCUAACGGGCAGUUCCAGUAUGAAGGGAAUUCAUUCCUUGGGGAGAAAGUUUAUGCUACAUGCAAUGAAGGAUACACCCUGAAAGGACUGAACUACAUGAUAUGCAAGAAGUCUGGUUGGACCGGUGAAUUCCCGUCUUGUGAAGAGGAAGCGACCACCUGCUCCACCCCUGCAGUGUCCAACUCUGUGAGCAGCACUGGAGAUGUUUCAGUACACCGGGUGGGAGACAUUGUGACCUUCACCUGCAGUCAGGGUUUCCAGCUGGAUGGAGCUCAGCAGAUCACUUGUGGUCCUGAUGGCCAGUGGCAGCCUCAACCCCCUCGGUGCUUGCCUGCACCGGAUAAAACUCAGUUACUCGAAGAAGAAACAGGUGGAUGUGGCAUACCAGUAACCAGCAAAAACUUCAACGCCAACCUUGCCGACAAGUACAUCACAAUGACAUCUUUUGCUUCUGGUGACAAAGUCCAUUACGUGUGUGAUGUUGGGUACGUUCAAGAGGGCGGCAGCAGAUAUCGCAGGUGCAUCAGGGGAAAGUGGACGCCACUGCUGCUGAAGUGUGGACGAAAGCUAUGUGGCUCUGCAGGGGAGAUAACAAAUGGACAGUUUGCAUAUACUGGAGUUGAGUUUGGAGACACUGCUACAGCUGUCUGUGAUGAGGGGUAUCAUCUUGUGGGACAGGCAACCAGAAACUGCAUGAGUAACGGCUGGGAUGGACGUGUUCCUCUCUGUGAAGCUGCGGUGUGUGCUGAACCUCCAGAAGUGACAAACGCAGAGAUGGAAGGCCGCCAGGAGCCGCCGUACACAUACAGGAGUGUGGUUCGCUAUCACUGUCGUGUGGGAACCCUUACUGGACAAAGGGAGAUUUGGUGUACUGAGGAUGGGACAUGGAGUGCUCCUGCUCCUAAAUGCAAAGAAAUUACUUGCCCAUCUCCAAAUGUGGCUAACGCCUUCUGGACGGGAGGUCAUACUGAGUUGCAUCAGCACAGGAGCACCAUAUCGAUCGAGUGUAACCCAGGCUACAGGAGGGUUGGCAUGAGCACCAUUAGCUGUGGCAGUGAUGGCCAAUGGUUCCCUAGCCUCCCCAAAUGCAUACGCACAUCACGUCGCACCUACUGGAGGAAAUAAUACAUACAUAUAAACGAAAUGUGAAACUACAGUAUUCUGUCCAACCUGGCCGUCCCGUCGGUGGAGGAUGAAAGUAACGGCCUCCUAAGCCAAGCUACACAAUGUCUUCCUUCUGAAAGAAACACUCCUUCUAAAAUCCACCUUUUUAAUAAUGCACUAAUAGCGAUAUAUUUUCUUAUUUGCUCUAAAAAAACUUGUGUAACCUCAUCAUAAAGACAUUAAAAUAUGUUUGAAAUGAA